GCACCGCUGCAGGGGCCGCCGCGGGGAUGCCGAGCGCGGGCACCAGAGCUCUCCUCUGCGCGCUGCGCGGCUGAAGGCGCACAGGACUCAGUUACUGGAAUUGUCAACUCUACCAAUUUAUGUGCACGUUUCUCUUCCACUAUGAGCAGACCAGUUGUACUGCACAUUUGGCUGGCUUUCUGUAGCCUUCUACUUCUCAGCUUUGCCACACAAUGUCUGGCCUUCCCCAAUGUGGAAAGAAGGGAGAUAGCACCUGUUCAUGAAGAAGAAGGGCAGUCUGAGAGGCUGAACACAGAUGACCUAGAAAAUAACUCCAUUACUUCAAAGUACACUCUGGUCUCUGAAGAACCAAUGAUAGUGUUAGCAGGACCAUCAACAAUGUCAUUAAAUAAAGUAUUCCCUAGUAACAAAGAAACCCCUCCUACAGGAGCUGGGCUCACGCAGCCUGAUAGCUCUGGCGUUUACACUGCUACUGAGCCAGUGAUCUCAGCAGGGGAAGAAGUGUUUGGCUCCAGCCAGCCAGAGAGAAUGUCUCCCGAAAGCCGACUUUCCAAGGCCAUGUUAACCAACCCUAUCACUCCAACUGCUUCUCUGAAUAUUGAUGAGAAGGAGGAAUCCUCCCAUAGUACCAUCAUUCAGCCCAUUGUGGAAGGGACCACCGAAGCAACACAAGGUUUUCUGCACUAUGUGGAUGAUCAAUUGUUUGCAACUGAAAAUCAGGCAGGAGUUAGUCUGGGAUAUUCACCUUUAUCCUAUGUGAAUGCUAAAGAGAUGCUAACCACCCGUCCAAGGACUGAGAAAUUUGAAGCAGACCCAGAGCAUAAGACAACUUCUUUUCCUGGUGCUGAGCCCACAGCAGGCGCUGAGCCUUCCCAGAUGACAGCUGAUAAUACCCAGGCUACUGCCACCAAGCACUGGCUCGCAACCUCCGAGUCCACCCUGAGUGUUGAGCCAGAAACUGACAGCCUGCUGGGAGCCCCAGAAGUCACAGUGAGUGUCACCAUAGCUGUUCCAGCUGUCUCCGUUGUAAGUGUUGAGUGGGAUGACACCAAAUUAGAGAGUGUAAGCCAGAUAAAGACCCCAAAGCUUGGAGACAAUACAGAGACUCAGGUGAGAAUGGAAACAUCUCAGACAACCCAAGCAACCAGUAAUGGUAUGGAAGGCAUGAAAGGGGGCGAAACUUUGACAGAGGCUGCAGAUGUGGCUCUGAGGCUGCCUGAAGGGGAAGCACACAGGGGAACAGCCCUGCUAAUAGCACGUGGGGAUGAGAGAUCAUCUGCCUUCACCGAUCAAAGUUCCUUUAAUCCCACAAGUCCAGUGGAAGGUAUGAAAGUCUCUGUGGAAAACCUGGUCCAAAAUACUGCAGACUUCAUGGAAUCCACCAAGGAGAACAAUGCCAUGCUGUUCUUAGAGACCACUGUUUCCAUCUCAGAAUAUGAAUCUGAGGUAUAUCAGCCACUGGGAAAUACAUUUAAAGGCAUCAUCACUCAAGAGAUGACAACAGCUGUUCAAGAAGCAGAAGCCACUUUAUCUUCAGUGAUGCAAGAGCAGCAGGUUUCUACCCUCGAGGUUACCAGAGGAGAUGUCGAGACUGAGGGAGGGAAAGAGUUGCCCUCUGCCACAGCUGAUGCUCCUGGUGUUACUCAGCUGUCGAGAAGAUGGGAGCCUCUGGCCACUGUGGUUUCAACGACACCCGUUCCUAUGUCUUUCGAAAUUACUCCUGCUGUAGAAGACCUAAUGGACACAGUCACAGGGCCGAAUGAAGAGUUGUUCACACCAAUUGUGGGUUCUCCAGUGACACCCCCUGGGAUAAUGGAGGAAGCACCUAGCACUUCCCCAGCGCUUGCUGAUCCUGAGGCAUCUUCCGAGAGAACUGCUGCUCCAUCCAUUAGCUAUGUUAAUACAGCUGCCUCCUAUGGUCUGGACCAACUCGAAUCUGAAGAGGGAGAAGAAGAUGAGGAUGAAGAAGAUGAGGAGGAUAAAGAUGCAGACUCCCUGGAUGAGACCUUGGGUGGUGACACCGAGCUGCCUGGGUUUACUCUCCCUGGCAUCACGUCUCAGGAACCUGGCUUAGGGCAGGGAAACGUGGUCUCUUUGGAGGGAGCCACCUACCAGGUGCCGGACACCAUCAAGUGGGAACAGCAGAGUCAGGGCCUGGAACACUUAACAUGUAGCUAAGACUGAACACUUAAAUAUAGUGCAACACGGGCUGUGACAGCAAGAAAAAGAUGCUCCAUAAAAGACAGUGGGAAGUGUGAGACUUCAAACAACUCUUCACUGCAACAAAUGUGAGUGUAUUUUGGCAUAUAACGUGUUAAGCUGUGUAUUAUGAGGUUGCUCAGGAAGUUGCCGGGCUAACGUGGUUAAAUAUGUGUAAGGAAGGAGAAGGAAAGAAACCUUAAUCCGACGUAACCAGCGCGAUGUGAGUGGCAGAUUGGCUAAAGCCCCCGCACCAGUGGUUCUCACUCUUGGCUGGAACCCCCUGGAGAGCCACACAAGGUACUGAUACCUGGGUCCCACCCACGGAGCACAGCUGCCCUAGACUGGGUCUGCUGGUUGUUCCCUUGGGCUGAGGCAGCUUCUGUUUGUGAAGGGGCUGGAGAAGGAGGAUUGUCAGAAGUGUUCUGUGCCCUAUGAAUUGAACCUCCAUUAGUAAAGAUUUACAUUGCUUGUAAUGAUCUUUUGUGUAUUGGAUUAGUGUGCCUUAAAAAAAAAAUCCAGCUUUUUACAGUCCUAUUGAGAUUAAAGUCGAUAUCCAUGGUUUAGUUUUCCCAGAAAGCCCAUGGUCACGUUGAUUUCGGAUGCACGUAGCAGUAAGUGGCAGCUUGCGGGACGCAGCACGAGCGGUAGCUGGAAGCAAGAUCUUAGUUCCUGGACUGGGAGUCCUAACCACUAGACCACAGGGGCAGUGGCUAGGGCCUGGAUCCCUAGUUCUUGCCUGCCUUGUCAAGAAUGAAUUCAUGUGAGGAGGCAAAAGGUAAAGAGAAAAGUGAAAAGUUUAUUGGAAAAGCAAAGUACAUGCGGAAAGAUGCACGGGCGAACUCAGAGAGAGAGUCGCGCCUUUGGGAAAUAAAUUCUUUAUAAAAGGGCAGUUUUCCAGGUCUUUGUCCUCCUUCUGGCCAAUCAUCUUGUUUUGUCCCCCCUGGCUAAUUUGUCUCAGGACCCUCCCCUUAGGUGCGCACGCACCUUUCAGCCAAGAUGGAUCUUGACGUGAAGGCGUCUGGGAGAAGCAAGACUCACUGUGGCCUGGCAUUGUCCCCUGACUUUUGACCUGCAAGGAGCCUUUCUGUGCAUGUGUAGUGUCUCCCUUGCCCCGAGGAUGGGAAGUAUAUGGCCUCUUGAUCCUUUACUCAAACAAGGUCUAGCUCCUCUCUGCUCCUGCCACAACUGUUAUCUUAAGGUGUCCACAAGAGACAAAGCCUGGCUUUUUACCAUUUCAGUUGUUACUUCCAUUUUGGAGUGCAAACAGGAGGCUGACUGUAAAUGCCUAACCUGGAGCCCACCUAUCUCCUAUCUCAGGAAAUGUAAACAGGAGGCUAGUUGUGAGUGUCUGGCCUGAAGCCCACUUUUUCCUGCUUCAUGAAAUGUGAACAGGAGGCCAGCUGUAAACGUCUUACCUGGGGCCUGUCUGCCUCCUGCCUCAACGUGACAGACUUCUAAAUCUGUACCAUGGAGGUCUGUACCCUGACCUCUGCAUCUGGAAUGAGUGAGCAUCUCCGGAUGUGAGUUUCCUUGAGUAGGCACCUGCCUUGGAGUUACUUGGAGUUCCUUCCUGUCCUCAGAUGGUACCCAGGGUUUCUGGGUUUAAGAGUAAUGCCAUUUACUCUUGCUUUGGAAAGAACUGAAUUAUUUUUCUGAGACAAGAGGAGCAGAACUCGGGUGUAGACCUCCUUUUUCCACGUUAGGCAGGACACACUGAUGCCAAAGUUUAAAUUAGAGAUUGUGAUCCCUACCUCUCCCCACCUCAGGAGAAUGAGUGCUUAAGGGAUGUUAGGUCUGUAGAGCAGGAUGCCUUCCAAGUCCAAGAAGUCAUUUCUUCGUAGAUCUUCCAUUUGAGCCGUUGGUUACUGGCAGAUCAGCAGUAGCUGGGGAUUUCUAGGGGAGAAAAUCUGUCCCCAUGCCUGUGGUGAAAAAUCUGACAAACUCAGGAUUUUAGGUUUUAAAUGCAUUUAUUUCCUGAGUUUUCCAUUUAUUUAUUUUUAACCUGUUAUAUUGUAGGUAUUUUUGUUAGAAGCCAUAAAUCCUCUUUUUAGCCUGGGGUAGGUUAUAAGUAGGUUAAAUACAUAAAAGUGAAUAGACUUCCUUCCUGCUGCCCACUUCCAACCGUGCUCGUAGAUAUGUUCUGAGGGCACCUGUCUUGAACCAAACAUCAAAAAGAUAGCUGGCCAAGGCUAAACAAAACCAGGUUCUGGCCUAAAAAGAAUGUAAUGUAUUCUGGGUUUUCUUCUUUCAUUUUGGUGUUCAUGACACUUCUGAUGAGCAGUUAUGUAUAAUGGCUACAGUCAAACUUCUAUGUUUCUUCAGCAUAGGAAAUGUUAAGUCAUUUGGAAGGAGGAAAGGACUGAUGGAAUGGAUGAUUUUGUGGGUUGUGUUAAAUUUUCUUUUUAGGACUGACAGUUAAUGAUUUUUCACAGCUAUAUGUAGAACUUUUGCACCAAGAAUUUCAGGCAGACUGGAAUUGAGGCUUUGAAAUUCAUUAAUUCCAAGAAUGGUAGAACUCAGAUCAUUAACACACACACACACACACACACACACACAGAGACACAGAGUUCCCUUUGACCAAGUCAGCUGUGGGACACUGCAAAUUCCCUUAUUCUCCUCCAAAGAUUUCUUUUGAGAAAACUGGUGAGGAGUCAACUCUAAGUCUCAAACGCUAAUGAGGAAAACUAGUAGGAUAGAGUUAGUGGAGAGCACAGUGGCAGCCACAGCUCCGUCUGCAGCUAACUCCUCUAUGCAUAAAGCUUCUCUGGGGAUGUUCCUGUGUGGAGGAAGGGAAAUCAGUCUUGGUUGUUAAAACAUUGAUCUUUGUGUAGCUGGGUCUCUCCAGUACUGUGGUAGUAGGUUCUGUGUGAUCUCAAAGAACUGCCAACCUCUCAAACUGGCCUCAGGAAGCCAGAGCUAUUUUUGAAAUUCAGAGGAUUGGUGGUGCGAAUUAAAAAUACACCACAGCAGAAGUGAAGGAGAGAUUGAAUAUAAAAUCAAGGAAUCAGAGAUUUCCAUCAGGUAACUCAGGGUUUCAACAGUUCAUGGGUAGGAAGCAUUUCUUAUAA